UUUUUUUAACAAAUUUUGUUUUGUUUACCACUUCGCACAAACAUAAACAAAAAGUGCAGAUUAGGAGCGCAAUCUCCGCCAACAAUGUUUUUUCGAUAAUUUGUUUUGUAUAUUCCGCUGAUUUGAGGGUAAGAAAUGUCCACGGGCAAAAACAUCUGGCAAGCCGCGGCCACCGGGGAUCUGAUUGCUCUCCAGCAAUGCCUUCUGAAGAAAUCCAGUAAAAAUCGUCUCAUCAAGGUCGGACACUUUCGAGACAAUCACAACUGGACCGUGCUGCAUCAUGCGGUGGCCAGCGGAAAUGCGGAAUGUGUCGAACUGUUGCUCUCCAAAACGGACAUCGACGCUGGGGCACGGUGUUACGAGGGACGUACGGUUCUGUUUCUGGCCUGCAUGAAGGGGGUGCCGAUCGAGAUUAGUGAGAUGCUACUGGCGAAGGAAGGCAUUCUGGUCAAUGUUUCUAACAAUGAAUUCGUAAGUCCGUUGCACAUAGCCGUGGAAAAGGGAAACUUAGGCCUGGUGGAGCUACUGGUUGAAAAUGGGGCGAACGUGAAUGCCCCGGAUUUCGCCGGCGAAACGCCACUACACACGGCACUGGAAUAUGGCACCGUGGAGAUUCUGAUACAUUUACUAUAUGUUGGCCAUGCGGAUGCAAAUGUCCGAUCGGAAAACGAUAUCGAUGCACUGGAGAUGCUGGCCGCGCGGGGGAACUACGACCUCAGGACCAAAGUUGCUUGUUUUAAGCUUUUGUUCAAUUACAUGCACCGGACGCACGAGUUUAGACAGAAAUACCGAAUGGAGGACAUUUACGCUGUGGCACUCCUUAGCUAUCGGUCGACGUCGCUCAUUCCUUAUUUCGUGGAUGUCGCGUUGCUGUGGGAAACCAACCCCGAUAAACGUCGGUUAGCGCGGGAACUGCUAGAAGGACCGCGAGAUCAGUACCAGACCAACAGUACCCGAUCGGUGGUGAAUAAGAAUCUGUACCACUUUCUGGCCCUACUCUUGUCGGACGAUGAAGGCAUUCGACGUCUACAGGAUGAUUUCAUGAACUACGAGGUUAUCUACAGCCAUUCGUUGAUACAGAAUGAACUGGUUGCUCUCAGUGUGGCGGCAAUCCGCGAGGACGAUAACGAGAAAAAGAUUCGCAUGCUGCUUGAGUAUCUCGAUUUCGUCAAACACUUGGUUUAUUUCUUCUCCGACCAUCUCGCCGAAACGCUGGACAUGAUCAAGAACGUCCUCAUGAACGACGAAGCAGACCAGAACGAACCGAUGACCCCCGCGGAACUAAUCCGGUACGAGAAGAUCGUCGGCAAAAUAAUCGAAAUCACCUCGGCGGAUGCGGAUACGGUGCUUCUCACGAUGACCUGUUCGGCCAGCGAUUUGCAUUUGCAGGCCAAAUUUUUCCAUCCGGUAGUUGGGUUUUGCACGGACGUGUUCAUGGACGAACGGUGGCUUGGCGGCGGAAAUUUGGAUAAGGUCAUGUACAUGAAACUCCUGCACAAGCAUGGCACAUUGCGGCUGGUUCAGCAGACGGACAGCGGUGGCGCCGGCUUCCGCUUCGAAGAGUUUUCUCUGCUGCGGCAGGCAAGGGAUGCGGUGCGCAAAGUGAUUCUCAGUACCAUCGACGAGGACGAGAAAAAACGGGACCUGAUGUUUGUGCAGCGGUUGAAUUCGUUGGACGUUCCGCGGGAUUUGAUUCGGUACUUGCGUUAUAUGUGAGAGAUCCGGUUUAUGUUAAUUUGUUUUCUUAUAAUGUAUGUUAGUAAAAAUAA